AUGUCUCAUGAGCGCGGAAAUUCAAUAGAGGCGACGGUGGAUGAGGUUUUGCGCAGCAUUUCCGUCACACCCGACUGCCAAAUCGAGUCGCACCUGAACGGGGCCGAGGAGGACAUCGCAAGCAAAUUGGACCUUGGCUCUCGCAUCGUGGAGGUGGAUGGGCAGACGGUCACAGAUAGCGGUGAGCUACGGGAGGUGCUGCUCUCCGGGGAUUUGUCCCGGAAAGUCUCGAUGAAGUACGAAAAGGUCAACGAACCGGUGCAGCAGGUGAAAAUAGAAGGCAGCGUGCGUUAUGACGGUCGUGUCAGCGCCCUCGCCCGACAGCCCUCACGCGAUGCGGUGAUGAGCGAACUGGCCGACGAGGAUACCUCUCUAACGACGCUUCAGCAGACCGCCUUUCUAACGUCCCCCUCAAAGUCGCCAAAGACGACUUCCCGUUCUGACGGUAGCCCCAGUGUUGCUAACUCGGCCUCCAAGACUGAGGCGGAGGUGGAUAACAGCUCGAUCGCCUCCUCCAGCGCCUUCACGGCGGCGAACAUGGGGGAUGCUCCAGACAACAACAUGAGCACAGCUGAAUAUAACAGAAAAAGUGACGUUCCUCAACUACUGGAGUUUGAGCAAAUAACAACACCCGUACUCCCAGAGGAAUUCAAUACACAAUCAAGACGCGCCUCAGAAGGAACAGUGCGGCGACGCAUCAUGCAAGCUGUGGAAAUGGUUCCGCUUGGUGCAUGUGUUAUUUGUGUCUGCCAUGAAGUGAAUCCAAUUGCUGAGAUUGAACUUGUGGCAAUGACGCUGAAUAGGCCAAUUGUCACAGUCGAUCUUGGGGUAAAAUUGCGUUUAAGACCUAAACCAGAGGCAUUCGCCGAGCAGUUUAAGGCAGCCAUGCAUGAGGGGGCAUGGUUUGUUCUUAUAAAUGCGCACAAGUCCAUCGCUACUUGUCGCGUUCUUGAGGAACUCCUAAAGGAGAUUGAAAGUCGUAAUUUUGAGGGCAUUAGCCCCAAUGCUCGAGUGAUUAUCUGUAUGGAGGCACACCCACAUUUUCCGCAGUUCCUC